AUGCAUCUUCUUCUCAUUGCUUCGGCUUUCCUCUCCUAUGCAGCAGCACAAAGUAAUAACACAGUCGCUUCUCAAACACUGACCAGUUCGACUUCACUGUCGUCGUCCUCGAUACCUGGAUCCACCACAGCCAUCACAGUAGCACAAGAUGGCUCAGGCCAGUUCACCGCGAUUAGCCCAGCGCUAUCUUAUGCCCAAAACUCUGGCUACCCUACCGUCACAAUCAAAGCCGGCACAUACUCAGAGACAGUCUCCGUACAGGCCACCCAGACCGUGACUAUCGUGGGCGAGAACUCCUCUCCUGGCGACUACUCGCAGAACCGCGUUACCAUUAGCCAUCCACUUGGUCCUUUGACAGUCGCGAGCAACAACGUACAAGGCAUAUCAUGGCGCAAUAUCAACUUCGUCAACAGCAACACCACAGGUACUGCCUAUGCUGUGUCCAUUCGUGGCACCAAAAACGCUUUCUACGAUUGCAGCUUCGUCUCCGCCGGACAGGGUGCUAUCACUUCUUCCCUAGGCAUUACUUUGAUCUCGGGCGGUUAUAUCGAAGGCGCCGACAAAGUCUUCUACAGCUACCCCGGGAUGUACGUGUAUGGCACUACAAUAACAGCGCUCAACAGCAAUGCUCUGCUCGUGUACACCAAGGGCGCCUCGAUCAACAAUGUCUUCUACAAUUCCACCAUUGUCUUCGAUACGUGCUCCAUUGUGCAAAAGAGUGGCUCGUCGAACGGCUACGUCUAUCUAGCCGCACCUAAUGGUGCCGGCUCUCAAGCGAUCUUUCGAAAUACGUCGAUGGCUGCUCUUGUUGCGCCAGCUGGCGUGCACCCAACCUCGUCAAGCUAUGUCGACUACUAUGGCGAGUUUGAGACUACUGGCAACGGUGCAUUCUCCGCCAACUCGGCGUCUCGCUCUUCCUAUGACCAUCUCAUGACCGCAGAUCAGAUGAGUCAAUGGACUGCUGGCUCGGUCUUUGCUGACAGCUUUCCUCCUUACGCUACGUCGGAUCUCGGGUGGAUCGAUCAAAGCGUCCUCAUUGCGAUCCAGAACAGCGAGAGCACCCAAACGUCGGUCGCCUCUGCUAGCACUUCCAGCAGUACUAGUAGCGUAUCGUCGACCAUCACGUCCACUGCUUUCUUGACGACAUCAUCGGUCUUUGCCAAUAACAUCACUGCAUCAUCUAUCGCCGUCUCCACGACGAGCUCUGCAGCAUGUGCUCCGUCCGCAACACUGGUCGUGUCAAAGUUCCCAGGCGCUUGCGAGUACAGCAAUAUCUCUGCCGCUAUUGCUGCUCUUCCGAACGAUAAUCAGGCAAAGACCAUCGAGAUCAAGGCUGGAGUCUAUACCGAGCAAGUCUCCAUCAGUAGGAACGGCAAAGUGACUUUGAUUGGAGAGACAUCUGCGCCCCAGGACUAUACCUCCAACAACGUCACCAUACAGUUCAGUAAUGGUCAGCUUACCUCAGCUGGUUUAGAUGAGACAACACCCGUCAUCAAUGCGAAGAAGACGAACGAUAACAGUUGCUUGGCAGUGUACAACAUCAAUUUCGUGAACACCUAUCCUCAGACGAAGAAUACUGCAGCACUUGCAGCUGACUUCUAUGGUAACAAUAUUGCCGCCUAUGGCUGCUCGUUUGUCGGGUUCCAGGAUACGCUUCUGGCCAACAAGGGCAUACAAGUACUCAGCAACAGCUACAUUGAAGGCAGUAUUGACUUUGUUUGGGGCUUCUCGACAGCAUAUUUCCAUCAGUGUUACAUCGCCAUCAACACGCCAGGUGCUUGCAUUUCUGCUCAAUCGCGAUCUACCAGCACUUCUCCCGGAGGUUAUGUCUUUGACUCGUGCUACAUUACUGGCACGAAAACAUAUGGUAGCACGUUGGGUUUGAGCUACCUCGGACGGCCUUAUAGCAAUUUCUCCAUCGCAGUCUACAUGAACAGCUACAUUGACUCUCAGAUCAACAGUGCUGGCUGGUCUGUAUGGCAGACUAACAACCCACAAACUAAUGGAGUCUUAUUUGGAGAGUACAACAAUAGCGGACCAUCUUCGUGGCAGUCCAGUACCCAACGAGCUCCCUUCGCCACCAACUUGACUUCUGCUCAGGCUCAAAGCUACACACUGGGAGCCUGGAUUGGCGAUACUAGCUGGUUGGAUCAGACCGCUUACAACUAUAUACCAUCAUACACCUUGACUGGACCAUCAACAACCACAAAUACCAGCUCGAACUCCACCACUUCUAUUCCGUCUGCGACCGCUUCCAUCAACGCUCAUCCCGACAGUGGUACUCAGGCUCCAGCCGGCGCCGUUCUCGUCUCGCCCAAUGGUCAGGUAAAGAACUCCUACGCCAACAUCACAGCAGCCCUAGCAUCACUGCCGAACGACUAUACAAACCAGACCUUGUUCAUUUAUGCCGGCGCCUACACUGAGCAAGUGCCUUCUAUCAACCGUCCCGGCGCUGUCCGACUCAUCGGUUAUACUACAGCCAAUCCAGGCUACUCGUACCAGAACAACACGGUGACGAUUACUUUCUCGCGCGGACUGUCUGUAUCGCCCCUGCCAGUAGGUCAUUCAGAUGCAGAGACCGCCACCAUCUCGACUGCGUCCAACAGGAUCUCGUGGUAUAACAUUAACAUGAUUAACUCGGACAAUCUGGAUGGCCUCGAGUCAAACUAUGUCACUCUAGCAGCUUCAAUCUAUGGCAACGAUAUUGGCUUCUAUGCGGUAUCAAUGAUUGGGUGGCAGGAUACUCUACUGACGGGCGCCACCAAUGGCUAUCAGUACUAUGAAAACUCUUACAUCGAGGGUGCAAUUGAUUUCAUCUGGGGCUACAGCAAGGCGUAUUUCAAGGGCUGCACCAUAGCUGGCAAGAGGGCAUCUUCCGCCAUGACAGCACAAAGUAGAGCCUCCGCAACUGCAAUCGGCGGCUACAUUUUCGACCAAUGUUUGUUCACAGCUGCUGCCGAUGCUACGGUCGACUUGACCCAGUCUAUCUACCUCGGCAGGCCGUAUUCCGCAUAUGCUCUCGUGGUUGUCAAGAACAGCUACCUCGACAAAUGCAUUCAGCCUUCUGGCUGGAAGGUCUGGAGUACCACCGACCCUCGUACCGACCACAUUACCUUUGCUGAGUAUGCUAAUGUCGGUCCUGGAGCUUGGCAGAACAAUGUUCCCGCUCGUCAAGCUUUCCAGAAUUGCACCCUACUCACGACAGACACGUAUCCUCUGGCUUCCGUCAUGGACAGCAGCAAUAAUGUGACUGUCGCCGGGAACUCUACCUACGACGGCACAACACCACCAGCUGGCGCGCUCGUAGUCUCGAAGACCCCUAUCGAUGGUGUCACGACCUACAAUACUAUUCAAGCUGCUCUCGAUGCAGCUCCAAUUUCGAGCAAGACUAAUGCCACCAUCUUCAUCCAUCCGGGAUCGUACGAAGAGCACUUGGUCGUCAACAAGUCUGGCACGACCAUCUUCCAAGGCUACAGUGAAUCCACGGCCGACUACUCCAGUAACAAAGUCACUAUUACCUUCUCCUACGGUGUCGAUACACAAAGUGAUGAGAGCAACUCUGAUUCAGCAACGGUCUACGCUACUGGCAACUACUUCUACGCCUACAACAUCAACUUCCGUAAUGACAACGGCACUCAGCAGGACAUCGCAAGUCUCGGCUUUGCCGUCAAGAGCAGCAAGUAUGCUUCGCUAUACUCCUGCCAAGUAUACGGUAACCAGGACACACUUCUCAUCAAUGGCUACCUGUUUGCCUUCCAGAGCUAUAUUGCAGGCUCUAUCGACUUCAUUUGGGGCUCUGGAAGUGGCUACUUCUUGAAUUCUACUAUUGCGGCUAACGAAGAUGACAUCAACAUCACAGCUGACAAGCGUGCCACCAAUACCACGCAAGCAGGCUUUGUCUUCGAUCAAUGUAGCAUUGUUCCUGCUACUGGUCAGUCUGGCUUGAAGCGCGUUGGCCUUGGUCGUCCCUGGAACGAUCUCGCGCGUGUGGCUUACAUCGACUCGUACUUGGAUGGCAUGAUCGAAGCUGCUGGCUGGAAUCAGUGGUCCACGUCUUCGCCUCAGACGGAUCAAGUCACAUUUGCGGAGUACCAUAACUAUGGGCCAGGCGCCACGGUUUGCAACAGAGCCAAUUUCUCUGAGCAACUGACUGAUAGCUCUGUGGCCCAAUUCCAACUUGGCAACUUCUUCACCACGACCAACUGGAUCAAUUUCACUCGUAUUGAUGUUCAGCCAUUCGUCCCGGGAAUCGGUUCUGCACCUGCGCCUUGCGCCAGCACCACGGUCUCGUCUACAGCUACCAUUAUUACUUCUACCAGCACCAGCUCUGUAUCGUCCAGCACGAUCUCAUCAAGCACUCUGCCUUUGACCACGAUUUACACUACCAAGACGGUCACAGACAAGGAGACGCUCAUCACCAGCUUCACUUCCGCCGAUGUCACAUCAACUGCAACGACCGUAAUUACUCAGGACGCUGGCAGCACGAUUACGCCAGCUGCUCUUACAACCACUAUAACAGGCAAAGAGUCCACGACCGUACUUUCCACAACAUCCGUGGCUGGGAAGACUUCUACAGUCAAGGCGACGACUACCAUAUCCUUGGUAUCGACCCUUACGCCAGCGCCAAUCACCAUCACCGAUGACGAGGGCAGUACCAGCACUAUCAUUGUGACUUCCUCGCCCAAAGGCUCAACUACUACGCUUAGCACCACCAUCACAAUUGCGCCCACGGCAACGAAGACUGUAGAUGGUAAAGCAUCCACCAUAAGCGUCACAGUUACGAGCAUCAAGACCACGACCAAAGCAAGCACAACAACGCUGAAGUGCAUUCCUUCUGUGGAUUCCAAAGUCCGCCGACAGCUUGCCAACCAAGCUGCAGGACAUGUGACAAGCACAGUCUAUACCACUCUCCUCACAUACGUCAAGACGAGCUCCGUCAGUCUCGCUGGAUCGACUGACUAUCAGACUGUCACACGUACGAGUACGAUUGGCAAGCUCACGACUCUCAAGCAGAGCACCGUCACUUCCACGAUAACAUCUUUUACCACGAAGUCUUCUGUAGUGACGGUAAGUGGCGGUGUCGGGACGAGUACGAGCUACAAGACCUCAACGAUCGAAUCAACGGUCACUGCGGCUCGUCAGACGAAAACAGUGGUGAAGUCAGCAAUCACCACCGUCACCAGUACUUCGACCAUCGAUCCGACUACAAGUACUGUUUACUCUACAAAGACGUCCAGCCUGAAGAGUGCAACUGUUACUGUGACGCCUCCUCCUUCGACAAAAACGACAACUCUCAAGAGCACAUCCACGAUCUUCGUGACGUCCACCAAGACCAGUAAGAACGCACCAGCAUGUACGGCUUGA